AUGCUACCCGAAAGAAGCACGAGGGCUGGGAUACUGCCAGGUCGCCCAAGCCUAGGCAGGGGAAGUCUAGAGGCAGAGAGUGGCAUGGUAGCUAGGCACAGAAAGCAUGUUACAGCUGAACGACUAUCUUUUAUAUUUUUAUCAAGGACUGGCCUCUUGAGAGACAAAAAAACAUGUUUCAACCGCAUCAUUGGCAGCAACAACUCAGAUCCUUCGUGUGAAGUGGCCAAUUCUCGCAGGCGUAUCAACAAUACAACCCACCUCAACCGGGAAGCGACCCACAGAGAGCAAACAGGGGACCGGAAGGUGAGUGGUUCGAACCCAAGCUCUGCAUCCCUACUGCUCCCAUCUAGGCUUGGGCAACCUCGCAGUAUCUUAGCACUCGUGCUUCCUUCGGGUGGCGUGGCAGCUAGGUGCCGAAAGGGUGAUGCAGCUGAACGAUUAUUAUGGACCGCAGAAAAAAUUGGAAAAGGGACGCAUUGCAAGAAUCCUCAUGUCCCUAAGAGGAACUGUCAACGAUGA